AUGAUUUCAUUUUGUCCAUUUUUUUGUUUCCCGCUAAUUUAUAUCCCCUGUUUUGUUUUCAAUAAACGCCCACCUUCAGGUCGAUUGGACAGAGUUAAAAACUAUCUAUCAAUGAGGCGUGUGCCAUAUCCGCUGACGGAAAAAGUUAUCGAUUGGUUUGACUAUUUAUGGUACACAAACAAAAUCACCGAUGAGGAGAAUGUUCUGACCAGUCUACCAGACAAAUUAAAAGCCGAGAUAGCUAUCCAAAUGCAUUUGGACACAUUGAAACGAGUAGAGAUAUUUCAGAACACGGAGGAAGGUUUCUUGUCCGAAUUGGUGCUUCGAUUGCGUAUGGUUCUCUUCGCUCCCGGCGAUUAUGUUUGCCGAAAAGGUAAGAUUACUCUGGUUUUGUAUGUUGGCACGGAUAGAAUGAAGCUCAAAAAGACAGGAAAAAUCAAUAUAGGUGAGAUUGGAAAACAAAUGUUCAUUGUCAAUCGCGGAACAUUACAUGUGUUGGGAGAUGAUGGGCAUACCGUGUUGGCAACGCUGCGCGCAGGAAGCUACUUUGGAGAGUUAUCUAUUCUCAAUUUGGGUCGAUACGGGAAUCGUCGUACGGCAUCCGUUCGCUCGUUGGGUUAUUCCGAUCUGUUCCGUUUAUCGAAAUCAGACUUGUGGGAUGUGCUGAAGGAAUAUCCAGCGGCUCGAAGAAAGCUUGAAUCCCACGCGUAUAAGAAGAUUAGUGAUUAUAAGGUGUGCGUGCCAAACAAAGUUCGGGGUUCUGCCUUCCAACAAACAAUGUCAAACGGGGACGAUGGUCUAUUUUGUUCUUUGGCGGGUAAUCGCAUUGACUCAUCUGUGAACAGCCGGAUAUUAGGUCCCGGAAAUUACUUUUCUCGUCAUGGCCGAAGUUACACUUGCGGUGCAAUACACUCAUCUGGUGAUGGAUCGGACGGAUACGGCAGUGACCCUAGCCGACUGUCAACUAGCUUUUUUUCACCACAACAGUCACCAACUCCACCGGUUAGUCAGAUUCCGGAUUCUGUGUGCAGUUUGCAAGAGAAUUGGAGUGAGUCCAGUUCACAUCCAAUUCGCCCGGAUCGUCAAGUGAAUGCCACUAGAUGUUUCCAGAAAAACUUGAACAGUUUACCAGAAACGCUUCCGUUCGAAACUCAUGGAUACUCACCAAAACAGGUAGGUGAAUUCCAUACAAGCUACCCAUCGUAUAUCAGUCGAGCGACCUCAUCCAAUACAAACUGUAACUUGCCCUUUCCCGUGAUCAGUGCUCAACCACGUGAAAGAGGAAUAAGUAUUCAUGACGCAGAUCAGCGUGGACCACAAUGCAGAAAAGAUGCUCUCAGUGGUGAUUCGGCUCUACCUCGAAUGCGAAACUUCUCUGUUCCAGCAGAUCUAGUGAACAGAGUCACAAUGGUUCCACUGCUUGAAUGCUCACCGGCCAAUGUGAUGAAUGAACAAGCUUACUGUCACAUGGGUCCAGAAGGAGAAACUUUCAUGUCGUACAUUUCACCUGGCGACGAGAACAUUUUCCUCAUAGAUGAUAGUCCACAACAACAUUUGUCUACUGUAAGAUUUAAUUUGAACGAUUAUGAGGAUCCUAAAAGUGGCAAGGAUCUAUCUGAAUACGACUGCUUGAAGCUUGCGGAGGAAAUGAAUCGUGGCAUGGAAUGGAGUCGCCCAAACACAGGAAACGUACCGUCUAUCUGCUUAGAGGGUGCUUCAAAUUCAUCGUCAUCAUGCUCACCAAGUUUGGGUCCAAAAACAUCAGUACACUCAGUACCCCCCUCCUUUUGUCCACUGCAACCAGCAGAACGCCCUACAGAUUUCGGUUGGGAGACAACACAUUUGCUUAAUGUUCCCCAACUUAGACCGUCUACAUCCGCAUCCACUCGACCUCCGUGGCCAAGAGUCUGUCAACCGUUCAGUAUAGUAUCCUCUGUCUGUCCAAACUCACACCAAAGUUCCCCUUCUUGCUUCACACCGACCACAAGAAACUGUGAACUAGUGAAAGAAUUUACCCGGCUGAGACAAAAGAUUUACAUGUUAGAGUACGAAAACGCCCUUCUUCACAGGCACACUCGCCGCACAUCACUGGAAUCUACUGCUUGUUGUGGAUUGAACAUGCCAAGCAACGCAACUGGUCCAGUCAAAAUGGCUGAUACACGAGUCACCGUUAAACGUUCCACCUCAUUGCAAGUCCCAAUGAACGAAAGGAGAAUGAAAGUCCGGGGGCCACCGAAACAGCCAGCAGUUACUCCUCGAAGUGACCUAGAUCCUUCAAACACUUCAAUCUGA